AUGGGUAGGCCUGGGACACCCGCCCCCCGCCACCCUCCACCCUGCCUCUACCAUCUGAGCUCUGAAGCGAAGCAGGAACUCCCAGGCGGGGUCCCAGACACAGCGGGCAGCCGGGACUACGGGCAGCUCUGCUCCUGCUCCUUCCGGAGCCUGCAGCUGUCCAGACGGGGCCCAGGCCCUGAGCUGCCCGCGUCCUCAGAUGCCAUCCCAGGCCUGGAGCAAGUGCGGCUGGCGCCGUCCAUGAGGAACCGGAGUGGCGCCGUGUGGAGCAGGGCCUCGGUCCCCUUCUCCAGCUGGGAGGUGGAGAUGCGCAUGCGGGUGACUGGGCCGGGGCGCCGCGGAGCCCAGGGCAUGGUGAGGGCCCCCAGGGACGAGUCGGGGGGCGGGGUUCCCGUGUCCUGGGACCCCUCAGCUGAGGCCGGGGCCCUGCAGGCCGUGUGGUACACCUGGGCCAGGGGCCGAGCGAGCUCUGCCCUGGAGGGCGCGGCGUCGUGGGGCGGCAUCGGCGUCAAAAAACCCGCGGAGGGCAGCCAGGUGAGGCUGGACAGCCCCGCCAUCCGCGUGCUGGCCGGCGACGGGCGCGCCCCGCAGGAGCAGCCUGGGGACGGAGCCAGCCGGGUGUUGGGCUCCUGUCACCGGGACUUCCGGAACCGGCCAUACCCCGUGAGAGCUCGGAUCACCUACUGGGGCCAGAGGCUGCGAGUGUCCUUGAACAGUGGCCUCACUCCCAGUGACCCAGAAGAGCUCUGCGUCGAUACGGGGCCCCUGCUUUUGGCCCCUGGAGGCUUCUUUGGAGUCUUGGCGGCCACCAGCACCCUGGCAGAUGACCACGAUGUCCUGUCCUUCCUGACCUUCAGCCUGAGCCAGCCGGGUCCAGAGGCUCCUCCCCAGCCCUUCCUGGAGACGGAGCAGUUCCGCCUGGCCCGGCAGCUGGAAAAGCUGAGGGCAAGGCUGGCCCUGGGCACCAGUGAGGACGUCACUCCAAUGCCAAACUCCAAAGCCCAGGAAGAAGGGAAAAGGCUCGUUGACCUGGAGGAGAUGCUGGGCAGACACAACCAGAUCCUGCAGGCUCUCCGGGGUCUCUCUGAGCAGUUGGCCCAGGCCGAGAGGCAAUGGAAGCAGCAGCUGGGGUCUUCAGGCUGGCCCAAGCCUGAGGGAGGCUGGGACUCUGCCAAGGUCAGCACCCUGCUUCGUGGACAGCAUACUCUGCUCCAUGCCCUGCGAGACAUGAGGGACGCAGCUGCCCGCAUGGCCUCAGGAGCCCAGGUCUUCCACCUGCCUGUGGGGACCGAGCAUCAUUUCUCGGAGCUGGCCCAGAUCCUGACCCUCCUGCAGAAGGACCUUCGGGACCCAGUGAAGAGGGCCCCCAAGGCCCCCCGCCCAUCUGGCCGCUUCCUGGGAACCCCCUGGUGCCUGCAGCCUGGCUUCUUCCUGUUCUUCCUCCUGAUCCAGAGUGUAGGCUUCUUCUGCUACGUCCACUUCAGGCAGGAGCUGGACAAGAGCCUUCGGGACCUGCCAGCCAACAGUCCUGCCCCGCGAGUGCUCAGAGCCCUGGGGGCUGUGAGGAGGCAGCUGCUGACCCCCGGCAUGCGUGCCUGACCUGCCUCAAGGCUGCUUCUCAUCCUGGGGCAGCCAGCAGCACUGGGAGAUGGAGGGUUUGACCAGGAUCUUCCCUCGGGGUGCCCAGCUCCCACCAUACCUACGCUUCUGGGGGCUCCCACUCCCACUUUAUUAAAGGUGACUU